GUGAAUCGCAGCUGGAAUGCGAGGUUGAUUCACAAAGGGAAGUGAGGCAGAGCGACCGCGGAAGAUACGCAUCGGACAGCUUACAUCCCGAACAGCCAUGAAAGGAGAGCAUUUAUUUAGCAACCUGCGGGGCUCGCCGUUCUUCCAGAGGGUGUACCGGCUGGGUGGAGAGGAGCUGGUGGUGCUGCAGGCCUCGGUGGGGCCGGCGCUGGGGGACAGCUUCCACCAGAUCACGGACUUCAACGACCUCCCCACCUCGCUGUUCGCCUGCAACGUGGACCAGAGCGUGUUCGAGGAGCAGGACGGGAAGGAGAUGUUCGAGGUCCUGUUCUUGGCGUACGACGAGCUCGCCACCUUCCAGCUGUUCAAGAGUUUCCGCCGUGUGCGCAUCAACUUCAGCAACCCCAAAGCAGCGGCCAGCGCCAGAAUAGAGCUCCACGAAACGCCAUUCAGGGGCAAGAAGCUCAAGCUCUACUUCGCCCAGGUCCAGAACCCCUCCCCCGAUGGUGACAACCUUCACUUGGCUCCACCCCAGCCCUCCAAGCAGUAUCUCAUCUCCCCGCCAGGCUCACCACCCAUUGGCUGGCAACAGAUCGACGAGGCCACGCCCGUCAUCAACUACGACCUCCUGUACGCCGUCGCCAAACUGGGCCCAGGAGAGAAGUUUGAGCUGCACGCCGGCACAGAGUCCACCCCCAGCGUGGUCGUCCACGUGUGCGACAGCGACAUCGAGGAAGAGGAGGAACCAAAGAACUGCCCCAAGCCAAAAAUCAUCCAGACCCGACGCCCGGACCUGCCCGUCUCCCACUGAACUCUCACCCCCACCACCACCACCACCCAUCACACCCUCACCCCUGCAACCUCCACCCUCUGUCGUCCCACCACCACCCACCCAGCCACCCCUCCUCACCGCCACCAAGCCAGCACACCUCUCCUCAGGCACUCACCGUGGGAAGAAUCAACAGAUCUCCAUCACCAACCUCCCCCACCCCACAGAUACACACACACACACACACACGCACACACACACACACACAAACCCUUGGUCCAGAAACACCCCCAUCCACACAUACACACCCUUGGUCCAGCCCUGGACACUGGUCUACUCUAGUUGAGAGUAGUCGGAGGAGAGCCGCUCUCUGUUUCUCAUCUGAUACACAGCUGUUCAUGUUAUCCUCACAGAAGUUUGUCUCUUUUUUAUUUGCUUUUUCUUUUAUUUGUUUUUAUUUUGUAUUUUGACAAAAAAGCCAGAACUCUCACUCUCUCUCUUUCUAACUCUAACGCUACCACUCUCCCCUCCUAUCUUCUGUCCACUCUAUGUCUGUAGACCCCAUAUUUGACCCUCUGUCUCUUACUCCUGGUCCACUCAUGGCUGCCCAGACUUCACCUCAUCACAAGUCGUCAUUGGGCUCUUAUGGACAGCAAAUUGGGGGUACGCAGGGAGUUAUGUUCAAGGCAGAGAGGAACAAAUCUGAUGUGAAGGUGUUUUGAUUGGACACACUGAUUUAAUUGAAAGGGAUAUAUCAACACGUCACAAACAGCAAUACGUUAAUGUUGAGCCAGAGCUACAGUAGCAAAAGUAAAUGAGCUAGCUAUGUGUGCAUUAGCUUGUGUUGCUUUCUCACUCCACCGUUCUGACAGAUUAACCCGUGAGGUUGUAACACUUCUUGAAAGCCAGUAGGUGGCAGCAUGCAUCUGAUCUGAUCUGAUUGCUCACCAUCGAAUUGGCUCCUUUUCUUUGACGCAUGCUUGUGUUGGAAGCCUAUUGGUCCACCAUAACAAACAUGUCUGCCCAAGACCACCAUGCCAUGUAGCUCUAUGGGAUGGUUAUUACUGGCUUGGCCCUGAAGUGGUAGUCUAGAGAUGCGAUGGCCUGCUUGUGUUACAUACAGUAUGACUGUCCUAAGGGCUCAGUGGACGUUUGCGAUUCCAGGCCCUGCUAUCUCCUUGAUGGCUAUGGUGGCUACUGGGCAAGCCAGGGAUCAGCUCAAUCAACAUUCACUCUCACAAAAUCUACUGAAUGUUGAAGAACUUAAUCAUGAAUUGUGUCAUGUAAGCCCAAGACGAUUCGGUAAGGUACAGUACAUUCAUUGUAAUACUGUUGACCACAAUAUGGUUUCGAAUCAUGCCAAUGCAUGUAGGGGUCUUGUUCAUUUUUUGUGAAUCAUAUCUGUUUUGAUUUUCAGAAUUUUAAUUCAAUUCAAAACGUAAUAAGUUCUGAGAGUGACAAGAGCUGGUGUGACACUUCAAGUGAAUUGAUCUGAUAUUUCUAGAUGUCAUUUUUAUCUCCUCAAUGUGAAUUUCUCUCUUGCUCUGUACUUGUCUUGUUCCUUAAAGAUCUGUUUAAGAUGUGUAAGAAUUAAAAAAAAAAUAGACAUUUAUUUCGCCUGUACAUCCGGGCGAACAUAAUUCCAUAGGAUGAUGAGAAAAGCCAACUGAUUCUGUUAGAUGUGGAACGAGUGUCUGUAAUGCAUGGUUACAUCAUUAGUUUCAACUGUUGUACAUCUUGCCAUCAUUUGUGUGCCUCAGUAGAGUGCAAGAAAGAUGAAAAAAUAUCUCAUUUUGUAAAAAUUACAAAAAAGAGCUAAGGGAAAAAAAAUACCUAAUGCAUGGCCAUAAAGAUAUACCAUCCAUUUAAGCCUGUAUCAUUUUAGUGAGCUACACAAAUCCUCCAAGUGCUAUUACAGUCUUUGAGAAAGAGGGUCUGCAGUCUAACUCAAACAGCGUUUUCCUUUCAUUCAGUGUCUUUUUGGUGUGCCUGGUUCAUGCUUUUCUUUCUUUGGCUUAAUCUGAAUACAUAUUGAUCCAUUCACCCCAUCAGUCUGCAAAGCCAUACUUCUAGCAUCACUUUGUUUUAUUUCAGAACAGUAAAUCCAUCACUUACAAAAACAAUAACUGCAGUUAUGGGAUAAAGAGUUGCAGUUACACUGCAGUUUUUCAGGUUCAGUACAUUACAAUACAGUUUUUCAUGUCCGAAAUACUGCAUUCCUGCAUAUAAUCUCCAUUAAAUUCCUCAAAAACUGCAGUUUUUAACACUACAAAAACUGCCAUUAACCACUGAAAAACUGCUGUUAUUUUUUUGGUAAGGGAUACAUGAUAAUGAAAGUUUUUCAAAGGGUGUGGUUCAAAUGAAAUAGGUCCCAUCUUAGGUUCAGGGGUCACUGUGUAGCACUGUGACGUCUCCUUACUGUGAUGUAACUCUUUGGCUCGUAAUGCUCUAUGUGUCGUCCUCAUAUGGGGACUCCAAAAUCACACGCUAAAAAAUAAGCAUCAGACUUCGCUCCAUGUGCUGUUUAUGUCGCACUGUAAUGACCCUCAGUCAUGAGACAUUAUGUUUGACGGAUUGCCUCACUCACACCAUCCACCCGCCCUUGUUGAAUAGACAUAUUGGUGUGGUUAGUUCCCUGGACUUUGCUGAGGUAUUGAAUGUAAAUGGAUUGUGUUACGAAUAGACAACUGUAGGUUGGAAUGUUCAAACAGUUGUUUGUUUUCUUUUGUUUUGUUUUGUGUUAAGUGGAUCAAUCUGUCAGUCAGAUCAAGUACAUAUAUGAUGAAAAAGAAAAGUGAAGGUUCCCUAUUAGCUUUGGAAGGGAGCAGGGUACGUUUAGGGCAAGGCCACUGCUGUAUAUUUCUCUCUUUCUCUCUCUCUCUCUCCAUUUCUCUUUGGGAUGUUCAUAUCCUGUGUAGCCUCCCUGUGCUCAGUAGGGUCAUUAUGCACAGAACAUGACACUUGAGACGACGGGUGCAGGACCCAAAUUGAGGCCUGAUCCACAGAAUCCACUCGCACACAGAGACACACACACACAGACACCCACGACAACUUCCUGCAUGUGUCGCAUGUCAAGCGAGUCUCUUGCGUGCGUAAUUCAACAUGGCGACUCAAUUUCACCCCCCUCUCUCCAAUCCAGGCUUUUCAACACGCUAGUUUGAGUAGUUUCUAGAUCCAUGUCUCAAAACGUGCACACAUCAGCUGCUUUCUCCAGCAUUCUCGAUCAUUUCUUUGUAGACCCUGUAUUUUGAGCUGUUCGUACCGGUGUGCAUAUCGUUAAAAACGUCCAGACCUUCUUUCUUCUGUUUUCUCCCUUUUCUUUCUUUUUUGGGAAAAGAAUAUUCUCUGUGUUCUUUUUGAGAGUCUGGUUGGGAAUUAGUGUCACUGACUUUGAGAAACAAUAUCUGUAAUGUGUAUACUCGUGCAAGACCAUCGAUGUACUUUUCAUCUACAUGUACAAUCUGCCUGCCUACACUAAAGAAACAUAUCUGUAUAUAUUAAUCAAUACUAUUUUUACUGCAUUUUUGUACAAAUAUUCAUGGUAGCCAUGUACAAGUAGUCAAACUGAAUCUACAGUAGUAUUAAAAAAAGAGUUUGGUUUUA